AUGAGUAGCAGCUCACACAGCACUCAUUCCUCCUCCAAUGUGGUCGGCGUCCACUAUCGGGUGGGCAAGAAGAUUGGCGAGGGCAGCUUCGGUAUCAUUUACGAAGGCAAAGAUGAACCUUGCGCUUAUAAUCCCUCCUUUGUUCCCACAGGCAUCAACCUGUUGAAUAACCAGCAGGUCGCCAUCAAGUUCGAGCCAAGAAAGAGCGAUGCCCCACAGCUUCGUGACGAGUACAGGACAUACAAAAUCCUCGCCGGAUCGACGGGUAUUCCCAAUGCCUAUUACUUUGGCCAGGAGGGUCUGCAUAACAUCCUGUGCAUCGACCUCUUGGGGCCGUCUCUCGAAGAUCUCUUUGAUAUGUGUGGGCGCAAAUUCACGAUCAAGACCGUCGUCAUGUUGGCCAAGCAAAUGCUGUACCGUAUCCAAACCAUCCACGAAAAGAAUCUGAUCUACAGAGAUAUCAAACCGGAUAACUUUUUGAUUGGCAAGCCCCACACUAAGAACGCCAAUCUUGUGCAUGUCGUCGACUUUGGCAUGGCAAAGCAGUAUCGCGACCCCAAGACAAAGCAGCAUAUACCUUACCGCGAGCGAAAGAGUUUGAGCGGAACAGCCAGAUACAUGAGCAUCAACACGCACUUGGGCCGAGAACAAUCACGACGCGAUGAUUUGGAAGCCAUGGGCCACGUUUUUAUGUACUUUUUGAGAGGCGGUCUCCCCUGGCAAGGUUUGAAGGCAGCAACCAACAAGCAAAAGUACGAAAAGAUCGGUGAGAAGAAACAAUCGACGCCGAUCAAGGAGCUUUGCGAAGGAUUCCCUGAGGAAUUUGGUAUUUACCUCAACUAUGUUCGAAAGCUAUCGUUCGAGGAGACACCCGACUACGACUUUUUGAGAGACCUGUUCACAAAGGCGCUGAAGAGCAUGAACGAAGUUGAGGAUGGGAUUUACGACUGGAUGCUUUUGAACAAUGGCAAGGGCUGGGAAUCCGAGAUGGACGUAAGUUUCGACCAUACAUUGUUUGCAUGGUAUGACAAAGUGUUGUCGCCUUCGAGUUGUUAA